AUGCAGAUUUUGGAAUUAGCAGAUUUGAUUUGUCAUACAUCUUUCUUUGAAUUCGAAAAUAAUACUUAUCUACAGGGGCGGGGAGUACCGAUGGGUAGCUCCAUGUCGUCUGUCCUCUGCGAAUUAGUACUUCGUAAUCUAGAAAACAGUAUCAUCCCUUCCUUACAACAAGAUAUAUUAAUAUAUGCAAGAUAUGUUGAUGAUGUAUUUAUCUUGUGGAAGGAUAAUCGCAACAUCAAGCAUUUUGUAGAUCAGAUAAACAGUAACCCGUAUGGUUUAACCUUGGAAUUGGAACAACAAGGGAGUAAUAGCGUUAAUUUCUUGGAUCUGACUAUAACAUGCAUAAAAGGGGAAGUCCAAACCAAUAUUUAUCAUAAACCGACAUCUAUACCCAUCAUUAUCCCCAAGAAUUCAGCGGAUCUGGAGCAUAUAAAAAUGGCGGUGUUUCGAUCUUGGAUAAGGAGAGCACACACACAUUGCAUAAAUGCUUGCGAUACUGUUAAGGAGUUACAAUUUAUACGAAGAACUGCCGCGCAACAUGGUUACGGGAGAAGAAGAAUAGAGACUCUCAUUAAGAAAGAUAAUAAUCUUAUAAGGAGGCAAAAACAAAACCACCAAAAAGAAAAAAUGGUCCUCGAUUAUAUACCUUUCCUUAAACCGAUUAUCAAGAGGGUAUCCAAAAGUAAGAACUUGCAGAUAGUUUAUCGACGUAAUCCCACUAUAUACAGAAUGUUAAGGAAUGACAAGGGGGAUUACGAACGCAACUCCUUAACAGGAAUAUACUCGAUACCGCUAAGGGACCACAGAUUCAACUCUAACUUAGUAUAUAUAGGCGCAACUUUGAGGAAUUUGAAAAAAAGAAUCAAUGAGCAUAAGCUUUCAGUGAACAAAACAGUUGACAGCACGGUCCUUGCUGCUUAUGCUAAACAACAAGGCAUUACUGUUUUCUGGGACCAGGCCUCUAUAAUAAAAGCCACCAGAUCUAGACACACGGUAAAAUAUCUCGAAAAGUUGGAAAUCCACAAGGCACAGAAGAGCGCGCAAUGUAUCAACUUUAGGGAUGCCGAUGGGCUUUCGUCCGCUUGGAAAUCUUUUUGCAACGAAUUGGCAUAG